UGUUUUUUUUUUUCAGGUUGUAAACCCAUCAUGCUUCCUUGUAUUUUAGGUGCUGUUAUCAACUAAAUUCAUCAUGAAAUGCCUCAUUGUUCUGAUGAACUCUGGAAUACCAGACAUUGUGUUCAUGUCUGCAGAUGCAGAGUUUAUCCGGCAUGUUAAUAAAGUAGCUGUGGACAAAGGCCUUGUCCAGAAAAAUGAAGUAUCUUGGGAAAAAUUAGACCUAAACAUAGCAACGCAGUUUUUUUCGCCAAUAGUAGCAUCUCACGGUCUUUUGUCCUGCGAGCUGGAUAAUGGUUACAGUUCCAUUACUUGCGAGAAUGGUUCGAUUUUUGUAUUCAGAGAGUUUUGUGAUCACUUGUACAUUGCAUUCAACGGAGAUGGUAAAGAAUCAGAAGACUUUCUAUCACGAAAACUGCUGAUUUUUAACAAGAUUGUCAGUUUGCACUUUGGACCUGUCAUUGAAGAGCUCCGCCCAGACAAUAUAGCUGAGAGAACCGAGAAAUGGAAAAACCUAGGAAGUGUGUUGAAUACAUGGCUGCAAUUGUAUGACCAGGAACAAUGCUUUUUAUUCGAAGCCAUUGAGAGAUUACAGGUGAACCAGGGAGUGAAUGAAAUGUGUAUUAAUCUCUUGGAAACAACGUUGAAGAAAAUGCACAGCAUGGGAGAUAAAUAUGCACUUCACACAAUGCUUCUUGUCAACGCCAAACUACUUGCGCUAUUCUCAAGCCGGAAUGCAAACGAGCUUCAACCCUCGGAUAUCUUGCUUCUGACAGUACUAGCAUGUGACAUUUACCCAUCCAUGGAAACUCUCGACGAUAUGCUCUCGCGUCCAUACAAAGCACCUGAAGAUCACCCUCCAGAGUUGUUAAGCAGUGAAAGUUUGAUGAAGAGCCGAGGGCAGAGAGUCGGUGAUGAGUACCCAAGUAAAUCUUGUGAUGGAGAAGAUUCUAAUUCUGUUUCAUCCUCUUCUUACCAUAGUCCUAAAAGUACCCCAGAGAGGUGUACCACACCUGUAGAGCACAUGGCAACACCUGGAAACAAAUCACAUACAAAUAAGUCACCUGCGAGAAGAUCAUUUAACAAACAUGCUCCUCAUAGCUCAAACAAAGGCGUUGAUGAAGUGGAGACUGACUCAAGAGAAUGUGUUAGGGAUGGCACUCCUAACUCUCUAGAUAUUCCAGUACAAAAAUCUGGUGAACUAGAAAGUUCAGAGUGCUUUCAUACACCACAUGCAGAUGUGGAAAGAAGUCACAUACAGGGUAUGUUUGAAGAACAAAACAGGAUAUCUGAGUCGUCUUCAGAUGAAGAAACGAUUCCUGAAGAGCCACAACCUAGGGUGUAUGAAGAUGUUCCGUUUUCCUUUGCCAAUCUGGAACCAACCAAGCCGCGACAGCUUCCUCGGCAAGAAAAGCUGCGAAUCCCAGUAUUCUUACGUGGGCAUACGUGCCAGUACACACCUCACAUAGCACAAUUCAUUCCAAUUCUACAGGGAAUUACUUUGAUUAUACUAAGUGAGUUGAAAUCAUCCUUAGCCAGCCUCCUGUGUAGAGCAUUGAAAGCUCUUGAGUCCUUGGACCCAGGCAAGGUCACACGAAGAACAAGGGUCACUUUGAAACAAGCCGUCGAAGAGCUUGAAACAUGUGUUAAAAAGAUCCGAGAAACUUUACAGAAAUCUAAGGGAGUCCUUCACAGGCAGUUUGUGUCCCUCAGUGAAUGCUGGGAUAAUUGUCGGAAGUUCGGACUCCUUGAAUAUGCAAAUAGUGGUAUAUCUGAGCCUAUGACCCCCAGAUUAGAGUCAGCAGUGUCAGAGCUUAAGAAGAUUUUAAAAGCAGUCUUCCGAGUGAGGUACCUCACUCAGAGAAAACUUUCUGGUCCUGCUUACGAUAAGCACGAAGAGGCACUGGACAUCAUCCAGAAAAACAUUGCAGAGAGUCUCAAUCUUUACAAACAAUACUUCACAGUGAAGGCCCAAAGGAACAUUACCAUGACAACAUACCUUGAGAGAUUUCCUGGUCUUGUCCAUUUUAUCUACAUUGAUCGAAGUGCGGAUCUAAUAACUGCCCCGGCUGUUAAUGUGACGAAGAGUGAGGGUAGUGAUGGACGUGAUGCAUCUCUCUUGAUUCAUGACAAGGUGUGGUCAAUGACAGAUAAAUUACACAAGUUCAUCAAGGAUGGUUAUAUAUCUGUAGCAUACAGGGAGGGAGAUUUCUUCUACUCUUAUUUCUUGUGGUUUGAAGAUACAUUGGGGAGCUCAUUAGAGUGCCGUGAACCACCCAGUGUAAAUACCAACAAUCUUCCUCCUGGAAUAAUUGCAACUGAUUUUUACAAGAACUUGGUUCAAACUUGUUUCCCGAACCUUCAACCUGGACUUGUGCAAUGCUAUGAGCUAAUAUGUAUCCAUCUCGGUGUUGUCCCAAUACAGUACGUCCUUGCUCAAAGCCAGAAACUAGCCCUCUGGUUAUGGGAGACUGGCGACAUCCAGAAACCAAUCCCUCUUUUAUGAUGAACCUGCCUGGUUAUUUAUAUCCGAGAGAGCGGCAAAGCUCUGUGGGCUUAAUUAAUGGUAAACACUGUGGGUGUGCUAAACGAUAGAGUUCCUUUGGUGCCUCGCUCGAUUCUAUUGCUGCUUUUCAAAAUACAGCUUAAUGUACUAUUAAGAAGUCCAUUGGUUUUGUGCAUUUCGGCAAACACAAACUUGAUACGCUUAUUGGAAAAGAGUGUACUGUAUUGUCUUCCAGUUUAUAGAACAUUAUCACCACAGAUUGACUUCAUCGUCCAUCAGAACACAAUAGUGAGUUUUAGUUGUAAGCUGCGAAACGUACCUGUAUGCUAAGUACGUAUUACACAUUUGAAUUGGCUAUUGAUUUCUUAAAAGAAUGGCUAAUUGAUUUGUUGAUAAAGAUUAAUUAUUAUUAUUAAUGUUAGCCAUCAUUCAUUGAAAGACAAUAGGCCAUCAAAUAGACACCACUUUCUUACUGAUGAUUGAGUCACCAACCGAAACAAGCAUAGCAAGGCAGAGCAUAUGAUGUGUGGCUUUGAGAACAGGGAAUGAUCAGCUGAGUCUUUGGGGCCCCUGCUAAUUUUAAGUAGUAGUACAGUUUAGACCAAAAUAGCAAUCUGUGUGAAUGGUAAAAAAUUAAUUGGUUGAUUAUUUGAUUGAUUGAUGGAUUGAAUUAUUGAUUUGAUGUAUCUAGCACAGACUGAGCCAUUUUGCGCUGCCUAACAAUUGUCAGCAGAUAUACUAAUGUGAGCUGAAAGUUGAAAAUUUCGCAAUGUUUAUAUUAUGUACUGUAGAUAAGAAAAUUUAGUUAGGCAAUGACUUUGGUGCUAUCAACCAAAAGAAUGAUUAUGUAAUGCAAUUACUUUAUUUUAUACAAUGUUCAUAUAGAUAGAGUUAUACAAUUAUAUUUGUAUAGAACAUGUGAUUUUAAAUUCAGAUGUAUCUAUUUAUAUACACGAAUACCAGUAAGGCCAAAACAUUGUUCUUGGAAAUCACAGUGGCAUACAGGGUCGGUUUGUAUUUAUUUUGCUAUAUACCCAGCUAAAAUUCUCGGUUCAUAAUUAUUAUUCACCCCAUGCAUUUUGGUGGUAAAAUAGUACCCACACAAAAGGUAAUGGAAUGAAUUAAUUACCUUGAAAGUGCACCCUUCCCUUAUCAUACAAGCAUGUCUGGAUCCUAAUUGUGGAAACAAUAUCUUUGCAGAACAGAAAGCCAGCUCUAUCUUUUCAAGAUGUUGGGUUGGUUAGGAUUGGCAACUUUUUUUGGCCGAAUGUUAAAAUUACUUUUAUAUCGAUCAUAUGCUGAAAUAUUUUAUAUUAGAGUAUUAAUUUUCCAAUAUUAACUAAUAUUUGUUAAUGGAUAAAUGGGUGCAAUUUAUCUUAUAUUGCCAAAAAAUUAGGCCUGUAUACUGUUACUGGUACUAGUAUGGGCAUUUAUAAUCCCCCUCUUUCUUGCUAAGUGUUGCUGCUGGUAAUCAGCGCAGGAGCAGGCGCCCCACCAGGUACCCAUUUACACUCCUGGGUGGUGAGAAUUGGUGCAGAUUGUGUCUUGCUCAAGGACACAAGCGCAAUGCGCAGCAGGGGAUUGAAACCCCGACCUUGAGGUUGGGAAACCUAACCGUUCCUGCUGUGCUAAACCGCUUUUGCAGCAAUUAUUGUGGUUUACGCAUUUAGUAUCGCGCUUUUGCAGAGAAUGUAAAAAGAAGCGCCCAGAAUGAGGUGGAAAUAAGCUGUAAUAUUUGAAUAUCUGUGUAUAAUGUAUGACUAUACUGGUACUGGUCUUUGUAACCAUGAUACAGGAUCAGAUAUGGUGGCUAUUGACUGUAUAAAGUUAGCACUUAUGACCAGAUGGCACCUGACCAGAAUUUUUACUAUACCCCAGACUUAAAUUUGUAUGUUAUUUUUUAAUUAAGGGACCGCUUCCAACCCCACCCUCCGGAUAACCCCCUGAAGAUAAAUCAGUGCUGUGCUAAUAGCUAAUAUUGUAAUAUUUGAAUUUCUUUGUAUAUUUAGGUAAGUUAUUUGCUUAUAACACUCUCCGCAAACCGCCAAUUAAUGUACUAUUUACUGAGGAUAAAUUGAGAAAUUUUCAUAUUAAACUGCUGUAAAUUUA